AUGUCUAACCAAAACUUGGAGCCUGGCUCCGUAGACGAGGCUAGUGUUCUGCGCAGCCGCUUGUCUGACAUCUUCAGCUCAAGAUUCUCUGCAGAAACCGGCCCCAGCCGCCGUGCCGAGCAGAACACCCGAGGGCUGGGUAUUACAAGCGAACCUGAUGUGAGAACCCGUCUGUUGGAGUCGUACGAACGGUCAGACCCGGUGUGCGGAGAAAGACGCUGUAGCCAUGGCACUUUCUCCCCACGGAUCGAGACUGCUGAGACGCCAACCUACUUGGGAUUUACGACUUCAAACAAUAAUCAUGGAAACUAUGAAGGAGGAAACACAGGUGCAUCAUCGAAUUCCUUCGGAGGAAAUGGCCGGCCUGGAUCGGAUCCAGGUUCAGAGCACUUGUCCCAAAUGAAAGCAUCUUUAUCAGCCUUGUCCAUGAACGAGUCCAAAAAAUUAUACAUCUCCUAUUAUAUCCCUUUUUUCAAUUGGAUUAGCCAAUACCGCUGGUCUUAUCUUCGAGGAGACUUUGUCGCGAGUCUUACUAUUGCUUCAAUCUAUAUUCCUAUGGCUCUUUCCCUGGCAGCUAAUUUGGCACAUGCGCCUCCAAUCAAUGGAUUGUAUUCAUUUGUGAUACACCCUUUCAUCUACGCCAUACUGGGAAGCUGCCCACUUCUGGUUCUUGGGCCCGAAGCAGCUGGUUCUCUUCUGACAGGAGCUAUCGUCAAACAAAGUACACACCGUGGCGAAGGGGGUGAGCCUGAUAAUAUGGAAAGUUCUCUGGUGAUCGGGAUAGCAACCGCUAUGACUGGAGCUAUGAUCCUUGCAGCUGGCUUAACUCGGCUUGGGUUCUUGGAUAAUAUGCUGAGUAGACCAUUUCUGAGAGGGUUCAUCACGGCCAUUGGGUUUGUGAUUUUUGUGGACCAGCUCAUUCCUGAGCUCGGACUCGGUGAACAGGCUUCUGACACCGGCUCUAACCAUGGAACCACAGUUGAGAAGUUGGUUUUUGUUUUCCGCUAUGCCCGGGAAAGCCAUGCCCUUACGACGAUCGUCUCUCUCGUGAGCUUUUCAAUCAUCAUGCUGUUUAGGGAGCUGAAAAAGAGGCUGGUACCGCGUUUUCCUCAAGCAAUCUACUUCCCCGACCGGUUCUUGGUCGUUGUCAUAUCUGCCAUCUUAGCCUGGCGUCUGAAUUGGGAAGAGAAGGGACUAGAGCUGCUUGGCCAUACUGAAAUCAGCUCUAGUCAAUUAUUCGCAUUCUCGUGGCCUUUCAAAUUCAGCAACAUGUCUUAUAUUCGCUCUGCCAUGAGCAAGGCUUUCAUGAUCACGCUCCUUGGAUUCUUUGAAUCCUCCGUGGCAGCCAAGGGACUGGGGGAUGAUGCUAGUCCUGAUGGUAUACAAGACAUGCAGACAAGCGCCAACCGAGAAAUGGUAGCUUUGGGCGCUGCCAACCUCAUAGGCGGCUGUUUCAUGGCUCUUCCGGCGUUUGGCGGAUACGGUCGAAGCAAGCUCAGUGCUCAAACUGGAGCCCGUUCCCCAAUGAGCAACAUCUUCGUCAGUCUGCUCACGCUGAUUAGCAUUCUAGUGCUUUUGCCGUAUCUGUACUACCUUCCGAAAGCCGUUCUUUGCUCGAUGAUCUCCGUUGUCGCAUAUACAUUGGCCGAGGAGUGCCCGCAUGAUCUUAUCUUUUUUUUCCACCUCCGCGGCUGGGCCGAGCUCUCCUUGAUGUUCCUCAUCUUUGUCUCUACCAUAUUCUAUUCACUUGAACUAGGUAUGGCCAUCGGAAUUGGGCUCUCGGUGAUCAUCCUCAUUCGCCACUCCACGCAACCCCGAAUCCAAAUCCUUGGCAAAGUAGUAUCUGGCUCCGGGACACGUUUUGAGAACGCUGAGCAGCAGCCCGACAACGUUGAGUUCAUCGAGGGUGCUUUGAUUGUCAAAAUCCCCGAGCCUCUCACAUUUGCCAACACCGGUGAUCUCAAAAACCGUCUUCGCCGUCUCGAGCUCUAUGGAUCCAGCAGGACGCACCCGUCACUUCCUCGUCAGCGGCCAGCCGAACACAAUAAAAACAUCAUCUUCGAUGCUCAUGGUGUUACAAGUAUCGAUGGGUCGGGAACCCAGGUCCUAUGGGAGAUCGUGCGCGCGUACACAGCGAAAGGCACAAGACUCUUUUUCUGCCGGCUGCCUAACUCGAAUGUAUUCCGCAUGUUCGAGCGGAGUGGCAUCGUGGAAGAGUGCGGGGGCUUGACGCACUUUGUCCCCAGCGUUGACGAGGCACUGCGUUUGGCAGAAACAGAAGAAUAUCUCGAUCAAACUUAA